UAACGCCCCGUUUUCAGGUGAGGGUUCAGUAAUCGUUCGUAACACAACAGGAGUUCAAUUUGAACGAAAACUAUUUGACGGAGACAAUGACUGGUUCGUUCUGCAGACCAACUACGACCCUGACAAGGAACCGCUAUUCGUUGAUAAUCGUCGUGGACCAGGAAAUGCUUGUAUGAAACAAUUGGGACAAAACAGAACAAGUGCUGAAGGCUUGUAUCAAGUACUGAAAUCAAAGCCGCUGCUCAACAAAACCACCGUACAUACUGUGAUCAUGUCGGUCACGAAGAAUAUCUAUCAGACAUUCAUUCAAACUUGUCCGAAUCCAUGUUGGGGAUGGUGA